CCCAAAUCUAUACUUGGAGAUGAAGCAAGGAAACCUACAAUUGUAGCUAGAAAUAAUGGAAAAACAGUCUCUUAUUGCACUUUUUGAGUAUGUAUGAUUGAUGGUGAUUCUAAUGAAAUUCUUGAUCUUAUAUAAAAAAAAAAAAAUAGAUUACAAACAUAUAGUUUACAGACAUAUUUUUUGUUUCGUUAAUAAACGUUAAACAGGAUGUAAGUUUCGUUAAAACGUACUAUAAAUUUAUGCAAAAUCUCAACAGAUCCAUCCUUGAAAGCCAUAUUGAGUUCGAAGCACUCGAACAGUUUUGAACAAGAAAAUAAAAAAAAUAACUGCUCUUUUAAAGUGGGGUUUUUUUUUUUUUUUUUUUUGGAAAACAAAAAGUGGCUGCUUUGGUUUUUUAUCUUGGAAGAAAUCCAUCCACGUGGCAGGUUCGACUCAUCGCAUGAUCCAUCCAUGUGCCGCCGCCGUCGCCGCCGCAAGCCCAGAUGGCAACUUUUCUCCAAACUUCUCUUUCUCCAACUCUCCUCCGCAGGACUCAACCAAUCCACCGCCAUUCCACGCCAUUUCCAUCCUCCAUUACCAUUUCUAUGCUCAAAAGGCUCUUCCUUUCCCGUCAUUUCUCUCACCUUCAUAAUAGAACACCCAACAGAAGUAAAUUAGUUACCAAAUACAGGAAUUGUUCUAAUUACCCUGAAUCUGACGGCCCUUUAAGGAUCGUUACUCUUACUUCUUAUCGUCGCCGUUCAAUUCACUCCGGUAGAAUUUCAGCUAUGGCGGAGCAGCAUUCGUCGCCGCCGUCGUCCUCCUCCUCUAAGGCGGCGGCGGCGUCCGCUGAUCACCAGCAAUCUCACAAACACACUAACCGUUUGGCAGCAGAACACAGUCCUUACCUUCUCCAACACGCCCAUAAUCCAGUAAGCUUCUUCUACGUUUUUCCGUUUGAUACAAUUUUAGCUUUCCGGGAAAAGGCUAAUUCUCCUCUUGGGUUUUUCUAAUUGUUUUCUUUUCUGGGGUGAUUGAUAAUGAUGUGGAAAAGGUUGAUUGGUACCCAUGGGGAGAGGAAGCAUUUGCUGAAGCUCGAAAAAGAGACGUGCCCAUCUUCUUAUCAAUUGGAUACAGCACUUGUCACUGGUAAGUUUGUCACUGCUCUAUCUAGUGGAAUUUGUUUCCUCUUCUGGAAUUGGCGAGAGUUUCCUAAGGAAUUGUGAAUAAUUAGGUGUCAUGUAAUGGAGGUUGAAUCAUUUGAGGAUGAGGGGGUUGCCAAAUUGCUCAAUGACUGGUUCGUUAGCAUCAAGGUAGAUCGAGAAGAACGACCAGAUGUUGAUAAGGUAUACAUGACAUACGUUCAAGCGUUGUAUGGUAGUGGUGGUUGGCCAUUAUCUGUCUUCCUUUCUCCUGAUCUGAAGCCAUUGAUGGGUGGAACUUACUUCCCUCCAGAGGAUAAAUAUGGAAGACCUGGAUUCAAAACCAUACUUAGAAGGGUGAAAGAAGCUUGGGACAAGAAGAAGGAUCAGCUUAUAAGCAGUGGGGCGUUUGCAAUAGAACAAUUAGCAGAAGCACUGAGUGCUGCUGCAAAGUCAGACAAACUGCCAGAUGGGCUUCCACAGGCAGCUUUACGUCAGUGCACUGGACAGUUAGCUGAGAGCUAUGACUCGAAGUAUGGAGGAUUUGGUUCUGCACCCAAGUUUCCUAGACCUGUUGAGAUUGCUGUAAUGCUUUAUCUCUCUAAAAAGUUGGAGGAGUCGCAAAAACUGAGUGAGUCAAAGAAUGCUCUUGAAAUGGUGGUGGGCACAUUACGGGGCAUGGCAAAAGGAGGUGUUCAUGACCAUAUUGGAGGAGGUUUUCAUAGAUACAGCGUGGACGAAUGCUGGCAUGUUCCACAUUUUGAGAAAAUGUUAUAUGACCAAGGGCAGCUUGCAAAUGCUUUUCUGGAUGUUUUCUCUUUAACAAAAGACACUUUCUAUUCAAGUAUUUCUCGGGAUAUUCUGGACUAUUUGAGGAGAGAUAUGACUGGUCCUGAUGGAGAGAUCUUUUCAGCAGAGGAUGCAGACAGUGCAGAAUACGAGGGUGCCUCCAGGAAAAAGGAAGGUGCUUUUUAUGUUUGGACCAAUGAAGAGGUUGAACAAAUUGUUGGGGAGCAUGCAGAGCUUGUUAAGGAUCAUUACUACGUGAAACCUGCAGGCAAUUGUGACUUAUCAAGUUUGAGUGACCCUCAUAAUGAAUUCAAGGGAAAGAAUGUUCUGAUCGAGAGGAAUGACACAACUGCCAUGGCCUCAAAAUAUGGUAUGCCUAUUGGGGAAUAUCGUGAAAUACUAGGCACUUGCCGUCAAAAGCUCUUCGAUGUACGCUCAAAGCGCCCUCGGCCACAUCUGGAUGAUAAGGUAAUUGUGUCAUGGAAUGGCCUUGCAAUCUCAUCUCUUGCCAGAGCCUCCCAAAUUUUAAAGUGCGAGUCCGAGGGAGAGAGAUUUUACUUUCCGGUCAUGAAUACUAAACCUGAAGAAUAUAUGGUAGCAGCAGAGAAGGCGGCAUCCUUCAUCAGGAAACAUCUCUAUGACCCACAACGACGUAGGUUGCAGCAUAGUUUCAGGAAUGGUCCAUCUAAAGCCCCAGGUUUUUUGGAUGAUUAUGCAUUUCUCAUAGCCAGUCUACUGGAUCUUUACGAAUCUGGGGGCCCAAUUUUCUGGCUUGUGUGGGCUGUGGAACUUCAAGAAAUCCAGGAUGAGGUUUUUCUUGACAAAGAAGGGGGAGGCUACUUCAACACUCCAGGGGAAGAUCCAUCGAUUCUCCUCAGAGUGAAAGAAGAUCAUGAUGGAGCAGAACCUUCAGGGAAUUCUGUUUCUGCUAUUAAUCUCAUUAGGCUAGCUUCAGUAUUUGCUGGGAGUAAGUCCGACAAUUACAGAAGAAACGCAGAACGUCUUCUGGCUGUUUUCGAGAAGAGGCUUAAUGACGCGUCCGUUGCAGUGCCUUUGAUGUGCUGCGCUGCUGAUAUGCUCUCUGUUCCUUCCAAGAAGCAAGUUGUAGUGGUUGGUAAAAACACUUCAGGCGAAUUUGAUAGUAUGUUAACUGCGGCCCUUGCAUUGUACAAUCCCAACAAGACGGUGAUUCACAUUGAUCCAACUGAUGAAGAAGAGCUCCAAUUCUGGGAGGAAGCCAAUCCAAAUAUAGCUCAGAUGGCUAAAAAUAACUUUGCUAUUGACAAGGCGGUUGCUCUGGUGUGCCAGAACUUCACAUGCAGCCCUCCGGUUACAGAUCACGCGUCCCUUCAGUCGCUGCUCUCCAAGUAG